AUGUCGACUCGCGAAUCUAUAAGUUCUGCUGCCUCGGCCAUGGGCGACGAGCUGUGGUGUCUCUUCGCCACCUACAUACCCAUUAUCAAGAUGGUUGAGUGGCCUCGAGCAUUGCUGUCUGCUGCGGCCUUGGCGCCGGCUGUGUCUGCAGUCAACCCCGUUCCCGGACCCGAGAGUGCCAGUGCUGUCUUCGAUGCCUUUCUAAGCUACUCACUCGAAUUCGUCUUCUUUCCCGACUUCGCAGGUAACAAGUCCUCUCCGAACAAGUUUUCGGACAACCUGCUGGUGAACUUGGGUAAUCUGCAGGGUAAACGUCCGCACAUUCGUGUGGGAGGAAACACCCAAGAUUACGCCCUCUACGACGAAUCGCUUCCUUACGCGGUCAAUGGAAGCUAUGACUUCGACAGGUCUAGGGAUUAUCCGACUACCAUUCACAUCGGCCCAUCCUUCUUCGAAUCUUACAGCACCUUUCCGGACACCAAGUUCACUCAUGGUUUCAAUCUCGGUUUAGGAGGAAACCGAUCCGAAGGAUGGGAGACUCUGGUAGCAACGGUACCGCUUGCCUGCAAGGCCAUCGGCGUGGACAAUCUCGAUGUAUGGGAAUACGGAAACGAGCCAGACCUGUUCUCAACCUCAGCCCAAGGCCCUGUCAGACCUCCAUCAUGGAACGAGUCCAUUUAUGUUGAUCAAUGGCUGAAUGGUACUCGAGAAAUCGCCUCCAUACUCGCGGAGGCCUGCCCCGAGUUCCCUCCCCCGGUCUUCAUGGCACCCUCAAACGCAGGAACCGCGAAUCGUCUCCGAGCUCCGGCGCAAUGGGCUGCUGGCCUAAACGCCGACGACAAUAUCGUAUUGUUUUCUAGCCACAACUACAUCAGCGGUGCCGAGAGUCCUGGCGUGACUCUCCAAGGCACUCUGAUGAAUCACACCAAGAGUGUCCAAUCGGUUCAGGCGCAUGAGAGGGAGUAUGCCAACAUCACCUCGCGCUUCGAUGACGUGCCGCCGCAGAUUCUGGGAGAACACAACUCGCUUUAUAAUCAGGGCAAACCUGGAUUGUCGAACUCGUUCGGUGCAGCGCUUUGGGGUGUUGAUUUCAACCUCUACGCUGCUACUGUCGGAAUCAAACGCGUGCAUUUGCAUAUGGGGACCGACUACCGGUAUGCAAGUUGGCAGCCCGUGGACACGGAAACGACGUCAAUAGGUACUAAGGCACCAUACUACGGCAACAUCGCCAUUGCGGCCUUCAUCAACCCAGGCUCACCAUCAUCUGACACGAUUUCCGUCGCCCACGUUCCCCUGGCUGAUGACAACGAACGGUCGUCAGCAUACGCGGCCUACCAAGGCAGUGACCUCACGCGGUUGCUUGUCAUCAACCUAGAGGCAUACAACUCCACCAUCGGCGGUACAGGAACCAGUCCGGACCCAGACGCCCCCGAACGUCCAACGUUCCAGUAUACCUUUGAGGUGCCGUGGGAAGAUGGCACGGCGAAGGUCCAACGACUUCAUGCCAACGGCAGUGAUGCCAUCUCGGGAAUCACGUGGGACGGCUGGAGUUACAACUACGAGCUUGACGAGGGUAAGCCUGUGAGACUGGACAACGUGACGGUCGGCGAGACCGUGGUGAUUAAGGAUGGGCAGGUGCAAGUCGGGGUCGCUGCUAGUGAGGCCGUGAUUCUGAGUCGUACGGUCGGAUGCAGCAAGUUCUUCUAG